AUGACCAUGGCUGCCUCUGUUACAUCACUGCUGCCAGCGUCCGUAAUCCCUGCGCGCGAUGCUAGCUCAUUCCACGGAGAAUCGUCUAAACGAUCCCUCCUUAAACCUUUACUCGGUCGUCAUGCUGAUCUUGCCGCCUUGCGCGGGAAUCCGGGCAUCAGGAAUCGGACGAAACUCGCUUCACCUUACGGCCGCGAUUCCGUGCAACCACACGAUGAACGGACUUUCCGCGUGCGCGCAGCAGCCACUGCGGGCAGCGCAGCGGCAGAUUCAGCGGAGGCCGAGAGCACAGUGGCGGAAGACAUGAAGCAGCGGAGAGGCCUCCGCGGCAAAACCGAGGCUGACGUCAUCGUCAUCGGUUCCGGAAUCGGCGGGCUCUGCUGCGGCAGCCUCCUCGCGCGCUACGGCCGCGACACGCUCGUGCUCGAAAGCCACUACCUCCCGGGCGGCGCGGCGCACGGAUUCACGCGAAACGGCUUCUCGUUCGACACGGGCCCAUCGCUGUUCUCAGGAUUGUCGUCGCGCGGCCCGCAGGCGAACCCGCUCGCGCAGGUUCUCGACGCGCUGGGGGAGACCGUGCCGUGCGCGGCGUACGACAGCUGGAUGUGCUACCUGCCUGAAGGCGACUUCCUCUCCCGCAUCGGCCGUCUCACUUCAUUGAGGUGUAUGGGUGUGCGGGUGUGUAGGUAUGAGGGUCCCCAGCGAGUCCCUGUGCGCGACUGGCGCAAGCUCAUGGCAGUGGUGGAGCCUCUAGCCGGGCCCUCCAUGGCCCUUCCCCCAGCCGCUCUCCGUGCUGACCCUGCUGUGCUGCUCACCGCAGGGCUGAGGUACGGGCCGAGCUGCUCCGCACGUUCGGCAACGCUGGGCCUGCAGGUGAGGCAAUGGGGGAACUGUGGUGUUUCUCUCUCGUCUGAUGGUCCGUUCUCCUCGCUAGCCAACUCAGUGGGAGUGAAGCACCCCUUUGUGCGCAACUGGAUCGACCUGCUCUCCUUCCUGCUGUCGGGACAGAAGGCCGACGCCACCAUUGCGGCUGAAGUGGUGUACAUGUUUGCAGAGUGGUACAAGCCAGGGAGCGUCAUGGAGUACCCUCUCGGCGGCCCAGAGGCGAUUAUUGAGGCGCUUAUAAGGGGGAUGGAGAAGCACGGCGGGCAGCUCUCCCUGAACUGCCACGUGGACAGCAUAGUGGUGGAGGGCGGCCGGGCAGUCGGCGUAAAACUUAAAUCCGGGCAGGUUGUUCGCGCCCGAACAGCCGUGGUGAGUAAUGCAUCGGUGUGGGAUACCAUGCGACUGCUGCCACCCGGGAGUGUACCUGCGGAGUAUCGGAAAGAGAGGGAGGCUACACCUGAGUGUGAUUCAUUCAUGCACCUGCAUCUCGGAAUCAAGAAGGAGAAUCUUCCUGCUGACCUGGAAAUCCAUCACAUCGUGGUCAAUGAUUGGUCGGUCGGUGUCGAUGCGCCUCAAAACGUGGUCCUCAUCUCCAUCCCGACGGUUCUCGAUGCGUCACUGUCGCCACCUGGCACCGUCUCAUUGCACGCGUACACUCCGGGGACCGAGCCCGCUUCCCUGUGGCAAGGCCUGGAUAGGCGAUCGGCUGAAUACAAGAAGCUGAAGGAGGAGAGGGCUGAGCUGGACGGCGCGGCGGACGUGAGCGCACAACAGGCGGCGCGGGGGCGGGACAUUCAGGGCAUCCCGUGGGAGCGGCUGCACUUCACGCGCGCAAAGUACCGCGCCAUGCGCCUGCAGCAGUACAAGAACUACAAGAACCUCGACGUCCCAUUGGACGCUGUCGAUAAGCAGUACAAGAACUACAAGAACCUCGACGUCCCAUUGGACGCUGUCGAUAAGGAAGUGAAGCAGGUCAGCACAGACGCGGAGUUCUUCAGUUUCGCCUACAACACGCGCGCCGUCAAGUCCACCAUCGUGCACUUCCAGGUACGCCCCCCCAGAUACGCCCGCCCAGGUGCGCCCGUCCAGAUACGCCCGCCCAGGUGCGCCCGUCCAGAUACGGCCGUCCAGGUGCGCCCGUCUAGAUACGCCCGUCCAGGUGCGCCCGUCCAGGUACGCCCGCCCAAGUACGCCCGUCCAGAUACGCCCGUCCAGCUGCGCAACCUAGUGUGGGCGACGUCGAAGCAUGACGUGUACACGAUGCACGGCCACACCAUCGGCCACUACUCCGCGCUCUCCCACCGCUCCGUUGACUUCCUUGACCUCAGCGGACCCGUCGUGCCCAUCUCCCAUCUACAGCGCGCCCCCUGGCUGGGGGACGGGCGGAGUAGCCACUGGCGCGGGGGGAGCAGCAGGGCCUGGGAGAGGGAUGGAGGGGGAGGGGCGGCGGCAGGGGGGAAUGGGGCAGGAAUGGCGGAUGAUGGGACAUGGGAACCAGUGGGUCGGGUGCAGGUGAGCACGCUGUGUGUGCGCAACGGGCUGGUGGCAGCGGGGGGCUUCAACGGCGAGAUGGUGUGCAAGCGGCUUGACAGCGGCGCAGAGGGCGGCGUGUCGUAUGCUGGGCGGAUAACACGCGAUGAGAGCGCCAUCACCAAUGCCGUAGAGAUCUUUGAAUCCGCCAGUGCGAGUGUUGACGCCAACAACGACUGUCUCGUGACGGGAGUCACACGCAUCCUCCACUUCUUAAACCCCCCCAUCCCACCCCCUUCCCCUUGUGCCCCUGUCCUCGCCCACCCACCAGCGGAGCAGUGCGAGUGCUAA